AUGUCCUUCGCGAACGCAUGGAGACUCUGCGUUUUACCAGUAUUGUUGGCGGGAGUCCUGGCGCAGGGCUGCCGGGGUCCGGAUGUGCAGGUGGACAUUAAUCAGGAAGCUCAGAUUGUACUGAAUGAAAUGGCCCCGAACACGCUCCGUGUUGUCUACCAAGUGUUGCGUCAAUUCAGCAAGAUCUACAGCAUGAACCUGGCCUCGGUCACAUGGCCCCGGGACAAGGUGGAGCAUCUCAGGCUUCUCCUGGAUGGGCAGAUCAGAGAGCUGGAAAACUGUGUGAGGAACACAGGCUCCGAGACCCGUCCACGGAGAAGCGCCGCGGUUCACAACUACUUCAGGAAACUCGGCAAGUUUCUUAAACGGAAGAGAUUCAGCGCCUGCGCCUGGGAAAUAACGCGCGCCGAGACCAGGGCGUGUUUACAACAAUUGCCUCUAGUAAUGACCAGAAUCAACGAGGCGAACUGA